AUGGGUACAGGCGAUCUCUGUCACUACUCGCCGAGCCCUCCAAAUAUCCCUGCUGCCUGUUCUUUGAAAUUGGGGCUCCAGGAGCGAGAAGCUAUCCAGUAUUUCCGGACCACGUUUUCCAGACAUCAGCAUACAAAAAACCCCAGCUACAAUGUCAUAUCGGUCAUAUACAAUAUUGCAACAAAGUCUGAACUCGCAAUGCAUAUGGCCGUUUCGGUUGCGAGACGAGAAAUGCUUUGUCUUCAAAACAAUGGCCAAACUGAUGUCAAGGACGACGAUAUCUCUAUUCUGCACUAUUCGGCUGCCCUUAGUCAACUGGCCGAGUUUGUAAACGGAGCCGACGCUGUCACUGGGCUUGAUACCAUCCUAGCCAGUAUCUGGCUCAUGUUGACCUAUGAGCAGAAAUUUGGUGAUGGCAACGGUGUUGACGCAAACCACCAUAUCCCUUCUUCUGCCAACACCAUGGAACUCGAUUCUUCUCAGAGGCGCAUGCACACCCUCUCUCUCUUUUCUGCACGAAUGCUGAUUUGGAUAUCGCUCCUCGACGCUGGAGCUGCUUCAACUGGAUUGGGAGGAGACUUUAACGCGUCGCUCCAUGGCUUACUUGAAGAACAUGCUCACAUCUGCGACGGAUGUGAUUCCCGAUUGCAAACCAGUCUCUUCCGAAGCUUCACUGAAGUAGCAAAGUACUCAAAUCCAUUGUUUUGCAGGGUAUGGGGAGACGAUUAUCCAAUACAGGAACUGAUGGAUGACAUCAGCAACCACGACAUAUUCCUAUUGUACGGCUCUUGCUUUCAGGUCAGGUACAUGGCCUCAAGAUUGAGUAGCCUGAGGAAGCAGGUUUCAACAGCCGCCGAGCAAUGUGAAGACGUCAUUGAGCUGGCCUUUCAGGAAAUAGCUGAAACAUAUACUGAGACUUUCCUACUGGCGAGCAAAAUAACCGUCGAGACGGACAAUAGUCUCCGCGUUAUCAAGAAUCUUCGGUUCAUUGUUCCCCACUACCAUGCAGCGAUACUUUACUACGUAAGAUGUGCGGAUCCUCGACGAUCCUCUUCGGACAGGCGGAUGUCAUCGUUAAAGAUGAUCAUGAAAUUAGCAUACCAAGCCUUCAAACUUGAGGGGGACGAGGCUAUGCUGCGGAUCUCUUGGCCGCUCUUCAUAGCGAUACUCGAAACCGAUGAUCUCCUCCACAGGGAGUGGUUAAUCGCUCGGCUACGUGCGCUCGGAAAAUUCGGCAAGAAUUACUCAAGGGCAGCGGUUUUUGUUGAGUCUUUCGUUGCGGAAGAAGAACGGAAAGGGGAACGCUUAGACUUCCAGGCUUAUUUGACAUCAGGAGGUUUUGAACAGUUCUCCAUAUGA